AUGGCUCGUCCGAGUUCAAACAUGGCCGAUUUCGGGAACAUUCUGACAAAAACAAAGCACGUCGUCACCCUUUCAGGGGCUGGUGUUGGUGCUGAGAGGUGCCGGCAGCUACCGGAGAAAUGGCAAGCUCGGGCCUGGUCCCCAAAUCCGUCCCGUUGUGGCAGUUCGACCAGGCGGUCACGCAGGGCAAGGCUGGCAGGUCCGCGUGGGCAGGGCUGGCAGGUGAUGGCCAUCACCCGGGACAUCAACGGGCCGCCCCGCACCAAGAACCUUCUGGAAAGCCACGGUAGUAUAUUUAACACUCAGCCGAGAAUGACGGGCGUUCGACUGUCCAGCUUUAUCGGUAAAGGUGCUGCCGAACCUGAAAGUAAAGGUGCCAGGAUCUCCCGCUGGCAAGAGGCAGGGGUGGAGCCGUGCUGCGGCCACACGUGGGGUUGGGAGGACACCCAGGUCCAGCUAUCCUGGAUCAGGUGGACCGAGAGCCCGCCCUGUGUGACUUAUGCCUCUGUGGUUUAUCCCGGGUCUACCUGGGAAGUGGCUGUGGCCCACCUUCUUCCCACGGAAGCCACUCCAGCCACGGGCAGAUUCGGGUUUCAGGUCCGUGGGCCCUGGGGAACAACGCUUCCCGGAGCCCUUGCCCCUCCUGACACUGAAAGGCUUUUCCAGUUGUCCCGGCGAGGGAAGAACAGAUGGUGCCCCUACCCGUUGGGCCCCAAACAGAGGAGAAAGGAUCCUGCGGGUGGUGAGCGAAAUAUGAGAAGAUCUCAAAAGAUCCUGUGA